AUGGAUCAUUUGCCAGAUAUAGUACCACAUGCCAGGUACCUCCCUUCUGGUCAUGUGGUAGUGGUUUCGAUCGUUGCAAUUGCAGUUUUCGUAAUAUACAAACUGCUCACCCGCACUGACGUCCCGUAUAUCCGUGGUCUACCAGAGAUACCGGGCGCCCUCCCAAUUACGGGUCAUCUCACCCAGCUCGGCGACGACCAUGCUACAGUAUGCGAGAAAUGGUGGCGGCAGUACGGCAACUCUGUCUUCCAGAUCCGACUUGGUAACACGCGCGCUGUGAUCGUCAACUCCUUCGAAGAUUGUAAAAAGAUUCUGGUUUCAAAUUCUCAAGGACUGAUCGAUCGGCCAAAACUGUAUACCUUCCAUGGUCUGAUCUCCUCGACUCAAGGUUUCACUAUCGGAAGCUCCCCGUGGGAUGAGAGUUGUCGGAACAAGCGCAAGGCUGCAUCGACUACAUUGAGUAAGGGUAUGAUGAAGAACUACUAUGAUAUGUUCGACCUGGAAUCUUACUGCAUCCUUCGAGACCUCCAUCGCGAUAGCAAGAGUGGGGAAGUCGAGGUCAGUAUUCGACCGUACAUACAACGCUAUGCCCUCAAUACAACCCUCACGUUAUGCUACGGCAUCCGCAUGGACGCAGUCUAUGACGAUCUGCUCCGCGAGAUCCUCGAAGUGGGAUCCGCCAUCUCGCUCCUCCGCUCCGCUUCUGAGAACUACCAAGACUACGUCCCCAUCUUGAGACACCUGCCGAACAACGAAAAGAACCGGCGCUCCAAAGAACUGCGUGAACGGCGAGAUAAGUAUCUAAACGAACUUCUUGACAAAGUCCGCGGGAUGAUCAAGAACGGUACGGAAAAACCAUGCAUCAGCGCCGCUAUCCUCAAGGACGAAGAAACCCGCCUCACGGGCGUAGAAGUAAGCUCCAUCUGUCUGUCUCUCGUCUCUGGCGGUUUCGAAACUAUACCUGGUACGCUUGUAUCCUGUAUCGGCUCCCUUUCCACACCCGCAGGCCAGAUCUUCCAAGACCGCGCGUAUGCCGAGAUACGCAAAAUGUAUCCUACCGACGCGGCGUUGAAGAAAGCCUGGGCAACAGACUUUGAGAAAGAAACCGUACCAUAUCUGAACGCUAUCGUGAAGGAAGCGGGGCGGUAUUAUACCGUUAGUAAUAUGAGUUUGCCGCGUAAGACAAUGGGAGAGGUUAGGUGGGGGGAUGCUGUCAUCCCGAAAGGGACGAUGGUGUUGAUCAACGCUCAGGCUGGUAAUCAUGAUACCGACUACUGGGGCCCUACAGCCGCUACCUUCGACCCAGAACGCUGGCUCACUCCCCCUUCAUCCCCAGACGCCUUACAUGCACCGAAUUCGCACGCCAACCCGCCUCACCUCUCCUUCGGUGCCGGAUCUAGGUCUUGUCCUGGUGCUUUGAUAGCGAGCAAGCUAAUCUAUGCUGCGUUGUUCCGUUUGCUCAGUCUGUACAGGAUUGAGGCCAGUGUGACGAAUCCACCAAACACGGAUUACGUGGACUACAACGCGAUCAAGAGUGCUUUAGUGGCUAUACCAAGGGAUUUUGGAGCUAGCGUAUAUCGAGUGACAAACAUGCUUUCCUUGUCUACCACGCACCCCUCAGUAUUUGGGUCUCACACUCAACUUAUCGCAGCAAUCUCGAAUAUGAGGCUCCGAUUCGCUUCAGGCGUCAUUGUAGCAGUGGCCUCCUUGGCUGUUAGUGAGAGGGCUGCGCUUUCACCCAAGAUCUUCGGCGUCGACCCCUCGGGGGCACCUGCCUCGUUCAACCCUCCUGAGUUCGCGCCUGCCCUGGGAGGUGACGGAUUUGAUCCAGAGAACAUGGCUGAUAAGGCUCUUUGGGACAAAUACCUCAAGAAGGGAGACCACAUGAUGUGUUUGAUGGAGGCUACGGACGCGGGCGCAGGAUGGCUAGAGAAGGAUCCGAGAAAACCACCUUCAGCCGCGAGCAAAUGGACGGGUGAUCUCAGAGCUGAACUCCAAAAAUGGUUCUGGCACGAGUCGCAGUACGACAAGGGCUGGGAAUGUGAUUUCGAGGGCAUGGGACUCAAAACGACGUUUGAAGGUCUCGGUCUCAACUCGCAAUCAAAGUAUGAUGACGAGGGUGAUCCACAAGCCGGGAGCAACGACUGCUAUUCAAUUCAACAUUAUGACGAAUACUGGGUUGCAGACCCUGAUGAUGAAUGGGGCCAGACGAUUCCUAUCAAGGACCAGAAAUACAAAGCCGACGGUAAGGAGUAUACAGCCACAGCCGGCGUCUACCAGUUCGCUAUCAACCAUGAUGGAGGUCUCAUUGCCAAGAACAUCGAGAGCCCACGCCAUGCCGUUCUUAGUCCGAUGUCUUGGGGUCGUAGUGCCAAUCCUGGAGAGCUUCCUGCAAUCGAAUUUGCGUCUGACGUCUUCUGGGCAUAUUGGGUCCGCGAUAACCCUAAUGUCAAGAACUUCCGGGUCUAUGGUGCUCACAAUGUCAUCAAUACGGACACAACUCGAUUGGUAGCUCGAGCCUUGAAGAAUGUCGGCACAAAUAAAUUGUCCGUCUGGCCGGGUAAUGUCUUCAAUAUUGGGAGCGAGGAGUUCCGAGUCCUGAUCGGCUCACCCAUCGGCGCCACAGCUGGUCACUUGCUUGCAGCACACAAGGCCGAACUUGGAAUCAAGAGGAUCACUAAAGUGACUGUAGUCAAGAAUGAGAAAUCGCCCUUCAAAAAUCGACGCCUUCAAGAUGAUCUACACAUAUUCUUCAGUAUUGGAGAUGUACCAUCAGCUGAGGUGACCAGACCGGAUGAGCCGGUAGGCGUGGUGAAUAGCCGAAUCGCCAGUGUCAGGAAGCGAGGGAAAAAUGUAAUUAGGGUGCACACCGUAAUGGCUUAG